AUGCCCAGACAACUGACUGAUCUGACCAUCCGAGCCCAAACGUACGAGUGUCUGCUACGUACACUUCGCCCACAACUGGAUACGACAUCUGCGGGACUUAUUGAAAAGGCGCUAGCAACGGCCCCGCAAGUGCCAGAGCUCACAUACGGAUCGGUGUUUUCACUUGGUGCUUUUGACUAUACAGAUGAAGACAUGAAUCACGAUUCAAAAUUGCAAUCGAUGGGAUACAUAGGUCAACCAUCGGAAAUGGCAUACUUGUAUCGACUCAAACGCCAACUUGAUCAUGAUGCUUCGGGUCCUGCUAGCCAUGACUCGAUAUCCCGCACGAAUUAUUUCCUGGACGAUACCGAUGUUCCAAUUGACCAAGCGGCAGAUCUGUCUGUGUGGCCUCCUAAACCGGAAGCUGAUCUGCUCGUCCAUCAUUACUUCGAGGCUAUACAUCCUGUGUUCCCUGUUAUUGGGAAGCUGGCUUUCACCGGACAGUACCGAAGGUUUUACUCCAACCCAAAUGUGCGACCGGGACAUCGAUGGCGAGCAGUCUUGAAUAUGAUUUUUGCAAUCGCCGCAAGAAAUGUGUUGCUCAGGGAUAAAAGAUCUUCGAUUGGGCUCGAUGAUCAUCAGGUUUAUUUCUCAAGAGCGUGGCAACUUAGCCUGGAAAAUGCGACGCCGCUGAACCAUCCCGAUCUACAGCAAGUUCAAAUCGAAAGUUUGAUUGCUCUCUAUAUGCUUUCUAUUGGACAUGUCAAUAGGUCGUGGCGAAUCAUCGGGGUUGCAAUCAGAUCGGGCAUGACAAUGGGUGUCAAUCUCCGCAGUACUACCGAAAGCAUUGCUCCAUUAUACAAAGAGACCAGGUAUCGAUUGUGGUGGGCUCUUAUCAUGCUUGAGAUGCUACUUUGUGAGAUGACUGGUCGGCCACCUUGCACCGGUGUGAAUUUCUGUACAACGCCUUUGCCAGUACCAUAUCCCGAGGAGCAGUUUGGCGAUGAGCGAUUGAUGCACCUUUUCAAAGAUCACCCAAGUAAAAUCGCUACCACUUCUGCUUCAAGGAGAGGUUCUAGCACCUCGCUGGACAAGACCAUCACUGGCCUACAUCCAGUACAGCCAGAAGCAAACAGCGAAAGGCCGCUCCAGCCACAACACGUGGCAGAAAUCCUCACGCCCAAUGAUUCACUAUUUCUGUUGUAUACGGUUGAGUUGUCGCUCCUCAAGCGGGACGCAAUUAACACUCUGUAUGCUCCAGCAGCUGCCCAUAAACCCUGGCACGAGGUCAAAGCCGCGUUAUGCACACUCAAUGACGAUACUGAAAGGUGGCUCUCACGCCUACCACCUGAGUUGCAAAUCGCCGAGCUAAAUCCAGACACCCCAUUCCUACGUCAGCGGACUAGUAUCGCACUCCAAUUUUACUCCACCAAGCUCAUCAUCUCUCAAUCAUGCCUUUGUCCGCUUGGCAGCCUGCCCUCCGAGGUUGAACCAGUGACUAAGCUAUGCGACAACAUGGCCGACAUGUGCGUGAAAAUGGCCGGCUUAAUCCUUGGUAUUCUCCCCGAUAUACCCGACAUCACAUAUCUGAAUCACCUUCCGCCCUGGUGGGUCGUCUUCCACUAUUUGAUGCAGUCCUCGGUCGUUCUCCUGGGUCAACUCUUCACUCGGGCUCGAGCCGGUACAGCCGAGGCUGUUGCCAUCAUUCAAAACCUCAUAAAAGCCACGGGGUGGUUAGAGCUGAUGUCCACCCGAGAUGCUUCUUCGAAGCGAGCCUGGGUGAUCUGUAUGGAUCUGCUCUAUCAGCAUGGGGAAAAAGUGGGGUUCGAGGUUGAUCCGGAUGACUAG